AUGCAAAUGGACGAGGAUGUGGGAAAAGUAGCUCAAGCAACACCGGUUUUAAUCUCUAAAGCAUUGGAAUUGUUCAUGCAGUCACUUAUAGAUCAUGCAUGUCAAGAAACAAAAGCUAGGAACGCGAAACGGAUGUCGGUUUCGCAUUUAAAGAAGACUAUUAUGACAACAGAGCAAUUCGAUUUUCUAAAAGACGUUGUCGCUAAUAUACCGGAUCUGGUAGAAACUGGAGAUGGGGAAGCAUCAUCAUCUACCAUUUCUGCUGGCAUUAUUAGUAAUAUGGAUGUUGUACUUAGUGACGAAGCGGAACCUUCUGUACCUGUACAGAUAAAAAAACGAAAGGGACGAAAAAAGAAUGUGGACGACGAAGAAUAUAAGACAUCAACAACAACAAAUCCACCGAGAACGAGGCGGAGUGCUAGGAAACGGAAAGAGACUAAUGAUACAGAGGAAGCUUUUAUAAAAACAGAAUGA